AAUAAACGAACGAUAGGUAGAAGAUCCAAUCUCGCAAAAUCGAAAAAGUCGUUUGAAAUAAUCAAGCGGUGUAUCUAGUGGCGAAGCGAUCUAGUAGGUCCGAGGUUCAGGACGAAUAAGCGAUUUCUAGAAAAAAUCGAAUUAAAUUUGGUUUAUCCAAGGUGUAGUAUCAUAUCGUUGGUUCUCGCUUUAAUCAUUGUCAAAGGGUUAUCACGAUAUUAAAAUCGGUCGAAGGUGAAAAGAAACUUUAUGCGAGAACCACCGUCGCGCUGAGAUAGAUGCCCGCAACAUGGCGACUGUCGAUACGUGCUGUUGAAAACAGGAGAUGGAAUUCUAUAAAUUGUAAUCCAUGCCAUAUAAGGGAUUUCUUGCGAAAGGGCGGACCUUUUAAUGUUCGCAAUUAAUCAUCAACUAUAAAUUAACGUAACACUCUUCAGAAAUAUCUCAAAGAGACAAGGAAUUCUGCACUAUCAAUAAGUGUGGACAUUUAAUAUGUAUUAGGAACGUCAAUAAGGCUCCAGAAAUUGGCAACUUUUGGAACAUUACGUGCAACUAACGCACAAACUCAUCAUUCGAUAAUUCGAUAAUUCUUGUUACACAAAUCUUGAAAUGUUUUGCUGGAAAAAUCAUACAGCAAGUUUUAAUGCAAGUCCACUAGUAGACAGCUCUUCACUGAGACUUUGUCGUGGCUGGAUUAGCUUUGUGAUUGUUCAAUAGAACCUAGAUCCGUGCAAUCGAGCCAUUUUCGAAAUUUCUCAAAAAAACAAAGCAUCAAAUAAAGGAGAAGUAAUAGAGAAGCAAUAAGUACCUUUGGAAUUAUCGAGACAGAGUGGGUUGUUGUUGCGUAUUAAUUUGCACGCUUGUUUAGACUAUGUAUCACGCUAUGUUUUCACCACAUAUGCUGGUGCAGAUAAUGGGCGGACAGCAACCUGGCGGGCCGUGUCCGCCGACGCAGUCGCACCAGGUGCAUACUAGGAACGCGAGCGGUGCGCACCAAAGCGAAUACGUGCCAGACGAUUCGGGUCACAGAGGGCAUCGGCUGAUGCAGACAGGGGCCUAUCCGCUGGAACUGUUGCAGCUGAUGGGCGUUGAGAUUCCACCGUUGCGACGCGGAGGCUAUAGCAGCAUGCAGGGCGGCGGAGCUCCCAGUGCUAGUUGGCAGAGACGCCUCAGUCCUACCAACAAUGCACCCACGAUGCCGCCGCCCCAUCUAAAUUUCAGACCAGCCAAUACUGGCUCAAUAAAGAAGCCUAAUUGGAAUAACAAGGCGGGUAAAAGGAAUGCCUACAGAGAAUCCUUUUCCCAGAACGAGAUGUAUAACAGUGACAGCGGUUUCAGUUCCCGGUCGCCAACGCCUAACAAACACCAGGCUGACGGUAGUCAAACCGAAAGUUCAGACGAGCGAGACUCCAUAGCGUCAUCGGCCGAGCAAGGCAUCAAAAGAUUGCACGAAGUGCAUCCCAGCACGAACCACCAUGGCCAGCCCACUAACACAGGCGUUCAAGGCCUGAUUUCGAGUGCAUCGGCGCACCAAUUUUAUCAGAGUCAACGACCUGUCAAUUACUACCAUAGCACGGUCCCGGCACCACGAUCACAGGUGCAGAACUAUCAGGGCAAGAGGCGAUACCAUUCUGGCAAGAACAGUCCGCCACCGCAAAGGGCUCAAAGAGGUAGAAGAUUCUCCGGUGUCCUCCUGCCGAACUACAGUAUGUUCCCUAGGUACUACAUAGCGCCAGACAGAUUUCUGGCACGGUCGCACCUUAUCCAAGUCACCCAUGUCCCUAAAGAUCUGCUUAAUGGCUCCCACUGGGACGAUCUGUCGCGUGAUGUCUGGGAGAAGUUUAUGUCCAAUCAGCAGACUGAGACGACUUACAGGAACAAGAUGAUGCUUUGGAAAUAUCUCUAUAUUUAUAUUAAGUCGACGUUUCCAAAGUACGGACUCUUUCUCGUUGGGUCCACGAUGAACGGUUUCGGAUCAGACAACAGCGACGUGGACAUGUGUCUUCUAGUGAGACAUACAGAGAUGGAUCAAAGAAACGAAGCCAUUGGACAUCUCGAACAGAUACUUAAGUGCCUCAAAAAAUGUGAUUUUAUCGAACAGCUCGAAUUGAUACAAGCGAAGGUGCCCAUUCUUAAGUUUCAUGAUUCCAUGCAGAAUCUGGAGGUCGAUCUUAAUUGCAAUAACGCAGUCGGUAUCAGAAAUACACAUUUACUUUACUGCUAUUCCCAAGUCGACUGGAGAGUCAGGCCGCUGGUGUUGGUCAUCAAACUAUGGGCGCAAUUUCAGGACAUCAAUGACGCUAAAAACAUGACAAUUUCCAGUUACUCGCUAGUUUUGAUGGUUAUACACUUCUUGCAGUGUGGCGUAACUCCAGCGGUUCUGCCCUGUCUACACUCUCUUUACGAUGGAAAAUUUGGCCCGUCCACGGAUAUUCAUCUAAUAGACAUUCACGAGGAUUUGGACAUCAGCGUGAUGAGCUCCUUGCCACUGAAUCGCCAAUCCUUGGGCGAACUCCUCUUAUCUUUCUUCAAGUACUACGUGUCGUUCGAUUUCAGUAUGUUCGCGAUUUCGGUGCGACUGGCAGAUAAAGUUGCAAUUGAGGAGUGUCGGAGAGUUCGUUCCUUCAAGAACGACCCUCACCAAUGGAAGUAUCUCUGCAUCGAAGAGCCAUUUGAUCUCACUAACACGGCAAGGUCGGUCUACGAUCCAGAUGUCUUCAGCCGAAUAAAACGGGUCUUUGCUCGCAGCUACCAGAAACUGAAGGAAUCUCAGGACUUGGCGAGCAUCUUCGUCAAAUUCGAACCGACGACGUAACCGCGAGCCAGAGCCGAGCAAUCAUAGUCAUAUUAGUUAGGCUAAUUAUUUAUUGGACGCUAUUUUAAUAUUUGAGCGUCCAGUUUUUUACGAGGCUGAAGCCCGACCCGGCGACCGGGCGCUCGAAGGGACGUCGGACGCGACUUCUUCGUCGUCCUUUUGAUACGGCACGCUUAUAACUUGUGAUAAAUGAGCGAUUAUUAUCAGUCAGGCGGAGCGAAAGAGUGGAACAGCGGAGAGAGCAGAGAUUUGUAUUGUCUUCGAAGAACCAUUUGCCAUUAUUCCUUUGUCUUCCUUGUUACCUUUUUUCUUUUUUUUCCUUUUUUCCUUUCCUUCCUGCUUUCUUUCUUGCUUUGUUCCUUUUGCCAAACGCGAGCGGUCGCGAAACCUGGAAAACGUGACUUGUUCCAUAUCGGUAUCCGAAACGCAGCAGUCAAGAUUCCGUCACGUUUAAACUUUAACGCCUUCCAUCUAAGUUAUUGAUUCUUCGCGAUCAAGAAUUCGUUAAAAAAACUCGAGCGCGAUUGGAAAAGAUACGAUAACGCACGAGACAUAAUGAAAUAUUCAUGACAAGACUUUCGCCCGACGUACUCGCCGUUCGAGACUUGGUUUGAAAUCGCAACGAUCGACAAGAUACGUUCGGUCCGGUCGCUUAACUCACAUAUCGCGAUAAGGGAAAAAGGUGGAUGACCGGGAAUGUCAAAAAUCAAAUCUAAAUCAAAAAAAAAUUUGCAUUCGUUUACAUUAGCGCAAUCCGUCAUCGGAGAGUGAUUGCAGCAUACACGAAGGAAUCCACCUGUAAUAUAGGAGAGAUGAAAAAAAUUAAAAAAAAAACAACUAUAUAAAAACACUAAGGGAAUUCCAGAGAAAAUGUUGGAAAAUGAAAAAAAAAACGAUGGGAUGAGUUAAUGAUUUUUAAGUUUCGUAGUAUUAAUGCUUUUCGUAAGUGGUUCGCACAUUCGGGAGCCUUCAGGAGUUCGCUGGUUAUUCGAGAGGAAUUCCGAUAAGAUACAUUCGGACAAAUCGAUAGGAAAUUUCCACGUUUUCUCGUAAAUUUUCUCACAGUCGUCGUUGUCGUCGAGAACGCAAAGGCCGGGCUUGUCCUGAGGCCUCCAACUGCUUUUCCUUCCCUUUCCUUGCUUCUCCGCAUCUUCUUCUUUUAUUUUACUUUCCGCUGACUCUUCCUCCUCUCUUGCUUUGGAAUCUCUUUACGGACGAAGACAAAAGUGCAGGCGUGAUAAUUUUGAAAAAUUUCAAACGGUGUCUUGCUCGAUUCUUUUUCGAGCUUCGGCAUUGAAAUGUCGAAGGACAAACGAAAGUUCCUAUUGAAGUGGCUGAAAUUCUACUCGCUCGUCUCGCGCGAAGGCGCUGCUUUUUUUUUUCUUUUCUUAAACUUUUUUUUCCCUUUUUUGCCUGGCAAAUUACGCAAGCUCUUGGCGCCAGGAACGGAAUGUAAUAGCAGGUCGCGCGAAGCUCGGGGAAGAAAUUUUAUACGUGUUAUUAAUAUCUACCUAAGGACGACAAUGUGAUAUAAGUACGUUAGAGCGAGAAGCCAUGAGAAACUCACGGUCUUGCAGUUUUUUUCGUUUCUAGUCUUGCGAAACAGUCGUCGACUAGUUAUUUUUUCCCACUGGUUUCUGUUGCCUAGCGAUACUCCUGAAAUUCCUGAUAUUCGGGAUCCUAGCUGGUCGGUCAUCGAACCUAAAAGGAGAUGCGCCAAACUUAUGUACAUAUAUAUACACACAUAUACGGACACACACGCUCCUUCGACAUCGCGGUGUUCUUCGUGAAAGCAAGACUUUAAAUCUGUAUGUGAUAAUUUGAUCAAAAAUUAUAAAAAUCGAGGGAAAACGAAUAGGAGGAGAAUAAAUGAAUACAUAAGGCUGUGUCGGCAGUAUAUACUACGUAUAUUAAAGUUUUCUGCUAAGUAUAAUUCUUAUAUGCAAUCGAAGAGUUUCGGUAGUUGCGCAAUUUCAAUUUCUUCAUUUGGCGCCGACCCGGAAAGCUCUUCGAUUACUACGUUACGUCCUAUCUAAUAGUCGGAUGUAAUCACAAGUGCCAAAAUUUCACUUUCUAAAAGAAGGAAUAAUGAUCAUAAUUAAAACCAAAAAAAAAAAAAAAAUAUAAGAAAAAAAAAAGAGAAAUGUGACUAACCGCGGAAAAAAGCGAUAAACGUGUACCGCGAUAAGCGCGUCAAAAAGAACGUGUACAUUAAAUAAAAUUUUCUGCGUAGACGGGAGAAACGACCAUUACUUCAUUUUACAUAAAUUCACGUGAACAGGGGAAAAUUAGGAAAGAAAGAUAAAUCACAAAACCAUUUCUUUUUUUCGGUCAAGCAUACGGUCGCGCAGGAAAUACUAUAUCUAUAUUAUAUAUACAUUAUAUUAAAAGAAAAAAAAAAAAAA